UAACAGGGUUUUUCACAUCUGUGUGGGUUUUGAGAUCAAUUGAGUCAGAUUAAAAUUAGGUCUCAGGUCGGGGAUAGCCAAUCCAGAUUCAAAUCUCCUAAAAUAACCAAAAUGUAGCCCAAUUUCUGGCAAAACACCGGACAUGGCAACCCUGGCUGUAUUUAAAUGUUGUUUAAGCACAGAGUUGGGUUGGUUCCAAUGCGCUCCUCCAGUACAGCACCAGGUGGCGGUAGCACACUUUAUGUUUAGCUCUUUUCAGCCAAUGAACACAGUCAGCUCUUACUCUGUGGUUCUAGACGCAGUUCUUUCCGGGAAGUGUUGCAUGAAUGAAUCUCCCUCGACGGUCAUUCCACCAAAAAUGUCAAAGUUGCAGUUGUUGCAAGCGUUUUUCUCUGACCGUUUAACAACAGUGGCCGUAGAGAUAUCCGUGGCAGCGGGAAAAGCGUUUGCCGAGUACCAGGAUGAGAUUUUUUGUUCAAAGGAGGAGAAUCAACGCCUGCAGAGGCUGCUGGAUUCGGUUUUUAAUCCCGAUGUAAAAUUACACAAAGCAGACCCCCCGCAGCUCACUCUCACUGUCUCUGGAGAUGAGGUUCCCCCUGAGCAGCAGCUCUGUGAGGAGGAGUGGAGUGAUCAAGAGAUCAUCGAGUCCAUAUUCAUUUCCCCCUGUGUGGAAAGCGACAGUGCUCAGGACUCACCCGAGCGCUCACAACUUUACCAAACUGGGAACACCCUUCCCACCAUUGCAGCAGAACCGAUCCAAACAAAUCCCGAUGAAGAGGACUGA